AUGAGCUUCUAUUCGAAUCUUCCAAGUGGUCAUAAUGAUACAUCUUCUGUAUCCUCUCUGUAUCCUACAAUCUUCGAGAUCAUAUCAUCUCAAGAGAUUGAUGCAUUGCUCCCAACUUCAGUCAGAUAUUUAAUCGUCAACUACUGGAUCUCCCGCCACCCAUCGAAGCUAUCGUUACAAAUAAACAAUUAUUUCCACGAGUGGUUUGAUCUGCUCUUAAAAGGUGCAAUUGAAUGCUAUCAUAUCAACCGUUAUAAUUCCACUUUUGUGGAUAAGUUCUAUGGGUUACAGCGGUUCAAUGCAUCUAACAAAGUGCUGGUGCAAGCACAGGCCAAUUCUUCGGUUAGGUAUUGGCCCAACGGCCUCACAUUAAGUGGUAAACAGAAAGCUGUGGUGCUAUUCGAGAAAGUCCUCCUGCCUUACAUCAGACAAAAACUGGACGAUUUACAUGCCAAGUACGUUGCACGGUCUGCUUUCUCGAGUAAUGGAAAUCAAAGUGUUGUCGUAAAGAAGCUAUACCCGUUAAUUAAGAAGCUUUUUUAUGUGCUGAAUCUAUUUGUCAAACUAUUCUUCCUGGGCGGGCGGAUUGGUUCGAUAACAUUUCUCGAGUAUCUCUUUCAAAUUGAGUACACCAGAAUGACUUUACCGCUGGAAUCUUCCAUUACGACAAAGUCAAACCCGCCCUACAGCAACAGGCUACCUAGGCAAAAUCUUUACAGUCUUUGGCAUAAGUGUUACAUUGUUUUGAGGAAAAUGAACCAAAUUCUCUCGUACUCAGGAUCGCAGCUCUUCCCGGCGUUUAUCUUCAUGCUACGGGUUUAUCAAUGGUGGACGACGCAGGAUUUGACGGCGAAGUUGCAAAGGAAGUUGAACGAUGUCGAUAAGUUCAUCCCUCGGGCCAAUAACAGCAGCGAUCAGGCGUACAAAUCUACCGGAAUUUGUCCCAUAUGUCAUAACCAAAUUCAGAACCCCGGCGUUCUGGAGACAGGAUAUGCUGCCUGCUAUCCAUGUGCUAUAGCAUACUUGCCAAAAAAUGAGGGAAGAUGCCCUGUAACCAAAAAGAGGCUCUUGGGCUGUAAGUACAAUGCAGAAUUGGGGAAAUGGCAGGUUAUUAGUGGUGUAAGGAAACUUUUGGUCACUUAA